GGCUUUCCUCAAUGACAGGCUCGACACCAGGGGGCACUCUUUUCUUGAUGGUGGGCUCAGCACUAUGGUCUCUCCUCCUCCUCCUCCUCAUCGAUCAGUUCAGUUCCUUCUUCACAUGGAGACCACCCAGCGACUUUCUUCCUCUUUUCUGAUGCAGUCAAGUGAACCAUAAAAAUCUGAAAGGCUUCUGCAGUACCACGUCCAAGGGGGGCAGCGCUGGCACACAGAAGCUCGAGUCGAGUCGGGGGGUCAAGCCCCUUGGCCCUCCCCCAUUAAACGGCGUGUGAGGGUAGGCUGAUGGGCGGAGUGACUUCUCCUUUUUAUUUUCACAAGACCCCUGAGACCCUUCAUCUCUCCAACUCACUCCACCUCAGGGUUACCCCAGUAGUCUUGGGCACAAUGUAGGGUCCCACCCAAGCCCCCCAUCAGUGAGUCUCCCUCAGUGCCAGUCCCAUCCAUGCACCCAAAAACAUCAAAGCAUCCAGAGGUGGGACCACAAGGCAGGAGCAGGUGGGUGAGGCGAGUGCCCGCCUCACCAACUGGCCCGUCCAUAAAAGUGGCUCAGUGCACGACCCCAUCACCCCUCCCCCCACAAACACACGCAGUUUAGAAAGCCCCCAUGCAUAACUAACACAGCUGACGGGUGGUCCGCGUCACAGAAAAGGCACAGGGGACGCCCCGCGGCAUGGUAGGGAAGAGCAGCAUGGGGUCUGGUGGUGGCACACGGCACACGAGUAGGCAGAGCACCAAGAGAGUGUGCCCACCACAGCAGUACUGGGACAGCCUAGUCCGAAAAUGUGUCCCGUGUAGCGCCAUGUGCCACCUGCAGCCACCGCUACGAUGCAGCCGGUUUUGUGAAUCACUGAAGUGUACAAAGGCGGCGGGCACUUUCUACGACGAGCUCCUGCGGCGCUGCAUUCCAUGCUCACAGCUGUGCGGGCAGCACCCAACUCAGUGCAGGGCACUGUGCCAAGGACGUGCAGCUGGUGGGACGCCAUUGCGCCAGCUGGUCGGGUCCAAGGUGGCGAAGCCCAUGGCUGUCGAGGAGCACCAACUGCUAGUGGCCUCCCUGCUUGGUAUGGGCCUCGGCGUCCUCAUCUUCAGCCUGUCCAUCGCAGUCGUGAUGCUGUGGCGCCUGAGCAGGCGGGCAGCGCCCAGGAAGGAGACAGCCAGGCAGCCACCAGAGGGACCUCCCACAGGUCAUCGCCCAGCUAGUGACCCAUCGGCCAGUAAAAUAAGGUGUUGUAACAGAAGAUGGCCACUCAUGGAGGAGCCCGGGGUCCGACCUCAGAGCCCCUGCUGCGAGAGGAGGGCCUGGCAACCCGAGCCCCAGCCUGCCUUGUGCGCCACCUGUGGGAGAGCCUUGCACUCGGCCCUCUGCCCAGAGUCACCCGUGUAAGGUCACCUACCCGCGCCUGAGAGACAGAAGAAAAGGCACAGCGGGCAUCCUGAACCUGGGCACCUGGUGUUUCUGUGGUCAGCGGGCACACCAGGGCUCCUCCGCCAGAAUUGUCCCACAUGUCGCCAAGUCUGGUCAGCAGCUGUCUGUGGUCCUCUUUAUUAAAGAUGUCUGACCAACUUGGGGUCCCGAGUCCUCCAUGAACGUCCUGACACGAGUGACCCCCGACUGGACACCGGACGUGUUUUAGUAGAGCUGAGCGACUGCUGGCCACACGGGCACCGAGUUGUCUGCCCAUGAAGAAUUGUAAUCCACCUUAAUAUAGCGCCAGGUAACCAAUGCUCAGGGUGAUGAUGCCCGGCUCUGUAUAGCGCCU